CUUACGGUUUACUAAGAAAAUACGUUGGUAGGCCUAGUGUAUAACUUGUAGCACCAUGGCUGACAUUUCCCAAUAUGUGAUGCCAAAUGACACUGGUCUAUGCCUGUUGGACUGUUGUGCCGCAUUUGGGAGUCUGACAGACAGGGAGAAGCUGUAUUCACACUAUAUAUCUCAGGCCUCCUGGUAUGGGGGUCUAAUUGUUCUGGUACAGACAUCUCCCGAAUCACCAGGAAUUUUUUUGUUGUUGCAAAAAGUUUUCCGGGGACAAACAGUCGACCAGCUAAAGGAGGCGGUGACAAAAGAUGGCGCUCUGACAGAAGACGAUUUUCAGGCAGUGUUGAUUUAUGCCUCGGCCUUCUAUGCAAACAUGGGGAACUAUAAAUCAUUUGGAGACAGCAAGAUCAUUCCAAAUUUACCAAAGGAAAAGUUUGAGGCUGUGGUGAUGAAAAGUGCUGCUUAUGAAAAAGAUGCCAUUGGAAUCAAGGCAUUGUGGGAGUCAGUGAGUGAGAGGAUGUUUGGUUUAACUGAGAGACAAAAAGAACUGGGACUUGGAGAGAAGGGCACAACAUCAUACUUUUCUGCCAACUGUGAUUUAGAUGAUGCAAAGAUUGCUCAAGAAUUUUUGACAGCAAAAGACCUGAGUCCAUACAACACUAGGUUGUUUAAGACAACUCAGGGAGGCAAAACCAGUUAUGAAGUAAGAUUGGCCUCCGUAGCAACAGAUGAUGGACCAAUAAAAGGAUGUCAGGAAGGAAUUUUGGGUAGUCAUGAGUUUACACCAACUUCCACCUCACAGCCCUGUAUGUUCCGUGUCACAAGGGGAGACUACUCUCCUCUCAUGUCCUUGGUGGCAGAAAAUUUGAAAAAGGCACAGGAAUACGCUGCCAAUGACCUAGAGAGGAACAUGCUGGAGGAAUACAUUGAGAGUUUCACCUCGGGAUCUAUACCCUCACACAAAAACGGGUCGAGACAUUGGAUCAAAAACACAGGUCCUAUUGUGGAAACGUACAUUGGCUUCAUUGAAUCAUACAGAGACCCAUUUGGAAUGAGGGGCGAGUUUGAGGGUUUUGUGGCCGUAGUUAAUAAAGAGAUGAGUGCCAAGUUCACCAAUCUUGUCACCAACGCAGAGAAGUUUCUACCACUGUUGCCAUGGCCAGCAUCAUUUGAGAAGGACAAAUUCUUACGACCUGACUUCACCUCUCUUGACGUCCUUGCAUUUGGAGGAUCUGGCAUUCCAGCAGGAAUCAACAUUCCAAACUACGAUGACAUCCGCCAAUCAGAGGGAUUUAAGAAUGUGUCUCUGGGAAAUGUCAUAGUAUCUGCCUACAAGGACACCAUGGACAAGAUCAGCUUUCUGGCUGAGGAGGACAAGGAAUUAUUUGUUAAUCUGAAGACAACUACAUUUGAAGUCCAAGUGGGUUUACACGAACUACUCGGCCAUGGUAGUGGAAAGUUGUUUGUCAAGGAUAAAGAAGGAAAUCUCAACUUUGAUGUGGCAUCAGUGACUGACCCAGAAACAAAUAAAAAGGUAGAGAAGUGGUAUGAACACAAUGAGUCGUGGGAUGGCAAAUUUACCACCAUAGCUUCCAGUUACGAAGAAUGUCGUGCUGAAUGUGUUGGAAUCUACCUUUGUCUUUCUGCAGAGGUCCUAAGAAUCUUUGGCCAUACUGAUGAUGCUGCUGAUGAUGUAAUAUACAUCAACUGGCUGAAUAUGGUCCGUGCUGGUCUGCUGGCUCUCGAGUUCUACUCUCCAGAAACAGGUGCUUGGAGACAAGCUCACAUGCAGGCCCGAUUUGUGAUCCUAAGGGUGUUGCUGGAGGCUGGUAAGGGACUGGUCACAAUAAAAUACUUCACUGCUGCUGAUGGAAGCGAGGACAUGUUGCUCAAGUUGGAUCGCAGUAAGAUCAUCUCUGUUGGCAAACCAGCUAUUGGUGACUUCCUCAGGAAGCUUCAGGUGUACAAGUCCACAGGUGAUGUUGAGGCAGGAAAGGCCUUGUAUUUAUACUACUCAGAUGUACAUGAUCGCGAGGAACCCCACUUUUUGACGAGACGUGCCACUGUCCUUGCCAGGAAACAGCCAAGGAAAAUGUUUGUCCAGCACAACACUGUCGUCAAUGGCAGCACAGUAGAUCUGAAGAGUUAUGACUCAAAUGUGACUGGUCUCAUCCAAUCCUUCGCUGAUCGUUUCCCUUCCACUGAUGUUGAUACCAUUAUACAGGGGCUGUGGGAGAAAGACAAACCAUACUUCUAAUAUAUGUCUCCGUGGUUAGAAGUACUGAGAUUUCCCUCCAACUUCAGUCAGGAAAUCUGACAAAAGUGCUAUGUAGUGAGGACUUUGUGUAAAGAACCAUGUUAAUGGUUUCAUUCUUGCAGAUAUUCAGAUAUUCAUUUAAAAACUAUUUUUUCAGAGCCUCUUUAUUAGUUCUGGAUGUAUGUGCUGUGUACAGAGGAAUGUGUGAAUCAUUUUUUAGACUAUGAUUUAACAGAUAUGACCAAUGGCUGCUCAGAGAUUUGUUUGUAUUUAUAGUAACCAUGUUCCUCAUGUUUUUGAUGGUAUAUUUUAUAUAUUUUACUUUAUAUUUCUACAGAAAGAUUUAUAUUGUCUGGACUGUGUAUAUAUUCAGGGACUGAGAGUUGCAUCUCGUUAAAAUAUGAAUUCCAGCCUGAUGUAUCGACCCCUAAAACAGAUAAGGAUGGAUUGAUAACAGAUUUAGAUUAAAAUGUUUUUAGGUGGCAGGUUUUGUUAAUCAACAAUUAAGCAAAAAUGUCAUAUUUAUGCCGAUAACUACGUAUUCAGACUUUUUAAGUCCCCAAUCAGGAACGGGGUGGAUGGGGUUGCGGAUUUUUUAUUUGUCCAUCUCUCCUUUCAUUCCUCCAUAUUUCUAUCCUUCCUUCUACAGUUCUUGUUCUGCCCUUUACCUUGUCUUGGCUUAGUCUCCUACAUUACACUACAUGUCACUCCAUACUUAAAGCAUGGGUUUACGUAAGUGAGAUUGGGGGGAGGGGGGUGUCAUACAUGAAAACUAUGCCACUCUGUCCUACAUUUUGACCUUUGACAUACAUCUCACAGAAAGAAUCUUGGCUCCACUUUCUAAACUACUUAUCACUGAAACUUUAUACUGAGGGCUUGGGUUGAUCAGGAUAAGGCAGUUUAACAAACCAAAAUAAGGUCCUUUCAGUGAACUUUAAAACAAAAUUUUCCCCAGGCUCCAUUUCCUUCACAACUUGUCACUAGAACUUGAGAGUGUGUCAUUUAUCAAAAGUAGGUCACUACCUUUUUCUUUAGACUUGAAAUAGGUGAUACCAUUUUUAUAAAAAUUAAACAACAAGAUACAUGGAAUUCAUGGUGUCACUGAGGGUGAUUUGAUUGUAAAAUGGAAGAAAUAUUUGCAUUAGUAGCACUGACUAUUGUUGUAUAUGGUUGAACAUUCUAUGUUUAGAAUUAGUUCCUGCACACAUUUUUCAUCUGUGCAUUCUUAGUUUAUAAUUUCACCUUUGGUGGGGGAUUUUAAUACUCCAUAUUGUCUUGUUUCAUUUCAGAUAACAUUUUAACAUCAAACCAUUAAUACAUGAUCAUGGUGGAGAAGCCAAACAUCAUGUCAGAGUUUUGACUAAUCCAACUAGCAGCAUUUAACUUCAUUCUAACAAAUACCACAACCUGUAACUUUUGAUUGGAAACUAUUGGGGUGGGAGGCAGGUUACUUGAGAGUUACAAGCUUGUGAAAGAUUACUUUUGUUUUAUAAAUCAGUUGUUAUUCUGCGACAAUAAAACACGUGUUUGUCCAAUUACA